AUGGAGGUGACUAGGCGCGUUGAACCGCGAUUCCUCUCGAACCUUCGUUUUGCGGACGAGACCGUUCUCUUUUCGAAAAGCACCAGUGAAACAGAGACAAUGCUCAUGGAAUUGAAUGAAGCAGGGAAGAGACUGCGAAUAAACAGAAACAAGACACAGUUCAUGAAAAACGCCUACUGCGAGUACGGAGGAGUACAACUUGAAGGUUCUCAAAUCGUGGGAACUUCGUCAUACGUAUACCUCGGAACCUUGUUCUAUGAACAUGGAAAACGACUUGAAGGAAGAACUGAAUAG